GGCCACUCCCCGGGGCGAUAGGGCGGCGGGGCGGCCACCAGGCGGCUCCCCCAAGCGCUGCGCCCGCCCCCGGCCGCCGGUGUCCCCCGCGGCCCAUGUCCUCCGCGCCGCAGCUGCGCUCGUCUCCCCUACGGCCCCCCAAGAUGAAGAAGGACGAGUCCUUCCUGGGCAAGUUGGGCGGCACGCUGGCGAGAAAGAAGAAGGCCAGGGAGGUGAGUGACCUGCAGGAAGAAGGCAAAAAUGCCAUCAACUCGCCGAUGUCCCCUGCCUUGGUGAACCUUCAUCCUGAAGACACCCUGCUAGAGGAGAACGAGGAGCGCACGAUGAUCGACCCCACCUCCAAGGAUGACCCCAAGUUCAAGGAGCUGGUCAAGGUUCUCAUCGACUGGAUCAACGACGUCUUGGUGGAAGACAGGAUCAUCGUGAAGCAGCUGGAGGAGGACCUUUACGACGGCCAGGUGCUGCAGAAGCUCUUGGAAAAACUGGCGGACUGCAAGCUGAAUGUGGCUGAGGUGACACAGUCCGAAAUUGGGCAGAAACAGAAGCUGCAGACGGUGCUGGAAGCCGUGCACGACCUACUGCGGCCCCACGGCUGGGCGCUCCCGUGGACCGUGGACUCAAUCCAUGGGAAGAACCUGGUGGCCAUCCUGCACUUGCUCGUGUCCCUGGCCACCCACUUCCGGGCCCCGAUCCGCCUCCCCGAGCACGUCUCUGUGCAAAUGGUGGUCGUGCGGAAGCGGGAAGGCCUGCUCCAUUCCAGCCAUGUCACAGAGGAACUGACCACAACCACAGAGACGAUGAUGGGGCGGUUUGAGCGGGACGCCUUCGACACCCUCUUCGACCAUGCCCCGGACAAGCUCAGCUUGGUGAAGAAGUCCCUCAUCACAUUUGUGAACAAGCACCUGAACAAGCUGAAUUUGGAGGUGACGGAACUAGAGACCCAGUUUGCAGAUGGUGUGUACCUGGUUCUGCUCACGGGCCUUCUGGACGAUUACUUUGUCCCCCUGCACAACUUCUACCUGACCCCGGACAGCUUCGACCAGAAGGUCCACAACGUCUCUUUUGCCUUUGAGCUGAUGCUGGACGCAGGGCUCGUGAAACCCAAGGCUCGGCCUGAAGAUGUGGUGAACCUGGACCUGAAAUCCACCCUGAGGGUUCUUUACAACCUGUUCACCAAGUACAAGAACAUGGAGUGACCGUGGGGCAGCGGAGACUGUGGUGGGGACGUCCCCUGUGCUCCGCUGUCCAGGGAGGCGGGCACUGGGCUUCCCCUCCAAGCCCGCGGUUGGCCCCCACCGCUACCCCUUUUUCUGGUUGUUGCUCUUCAUCUCCUUUCUGUGUCAUUUGAAAUGCAGGGUUCUAAACAUGUGUCUGAGGCCUCCCUCACCUGGGAUUCCACCGGUGCUGAGUCACUGGUUAUCAACUGGAUCAAAAAAUGAAAAAGAGAAAGCCCAGGGGAGGGGGCGCCCUGCAUUCCAUUUGGUGGCACAAUUAACCGUCACAGGCGAUGAGAAAGUCACCGUCAGCCUGACUGUUCUGGCAGAAUCCCUUGGGAGGGCUCUCCUUGGAAUAGAAGCCUUUUUAGUCAAGUGUUUUUGCAGUUUUAAUAAGUCCCAGAGGCUUUCGCUGUGACAGGCAUGUCUGCUGCACAUUCCUGCUGCUUGGCCACUCAGCGUUGUUUUCAUUUAGUGUUGUUUUCAAACAUCUAAGCCCCAGAUGACCCCGCUGCCACGGCCCACGGAGGGAAGGAUUUGCUGGAGGCAUUUCUUUAUUUCUUGCUACCCAGUGGGCUGGGUCAGAGCCGGCUCUAAGAUGCAGCUUGCGACCACCCCACCGGAAGUUUCCCAUCUCAGGGCCCCUGUCUGGGGAUGAACGCAUUUUUAAAAACUUAAAAAGCAGUGUAUAUUCAUUUGCUUGGGCUGCUGUAACAAAACACCACCGACUAGGGGGCUUAGAUAACAGAAAUGUAUUCUCUCACAGCUCUGGAGGCUGGAAAUUCUAGAUCAAGGUGUCGGCAGGGUUGGUUCCUCCUGGGGCCACGUGUUCUCACACGGUCGUGCCUGUGUGUGUGUCUGUGUCCUGAUAGCUUCUUCUUCUAAGGACACUGGUCCUACUAGGUUAGGGCCCAUCCCACUGAACUCAUUUCACCUUCAUCACCUCUUUAAAGACUCCAUUUCUAAAUAGUCAUGUUCUGAGGUGCUGGGGGUUAGGUCUUCAAAUAUGGAUUCUGGGGGGGCCCCAUUCGCCCGUAACGGGGAGAUGGGGUGUUAUCUCACUCCUCUCCGAGUCGUGGCUUCUGAGCCCCUUUGGCAGCUCUCCUUGGGUUGCCUGUAAAACGAAAUGCUCAUCACUGCUUUACGUGCUGUUCACUCCCUGCUCACCUUGGCUCAGGAGACAAAUGGGGAUCUGUCUGUCGGCUGGGUCUCAGGUGGUUUCUGCACGGUGCCCUCCCAAACCUCCUUCCCCGGCUCCCAGCUGGGGCUUAUGACGUGCCAGCACCCGGGGAGACCCUGCAAAUCGCCCUCCUUUGGGCCUUUCCCAGCUCUUCAAUUGUCACCUUCCCUCUGUAGGUCAGAGCUGUUGAGUGAGUCGUUCCUAUCAAAUUGAAUGCAAACGCGCAAGAUUUAGAACAGAGUUUGAUAUUCUGUCUCCGCUCUGACUGCUUCCAGGCUGGGGAUGGCUUCAGAAGAGCCGUUUGGACGGAGGUGUUUUCCCAGCAGGGGAAAGAAAUAAUUAAAAUGGCAUUAUGUUGUCUCCUGCGGGAUGAGUGUCAUUAAAGAACAACAUUGAGCAAUGG